GACGACUUCAAUAACAUAUUCGCACCACAACAUCUUUUUGUGUAUUCUAUUGCAUGGCAUUUCCUUGCCAUGCAUCCCAGUAAUCAUGCCUUUUCCUUUUGUCUACCUCUGUGAUCUUCUCAACGAUCUGGAGCGGCCUCAUGUCUCCAGAUACCCCAUGCUUCCCAAAGACCUGGCGAACUACACCAAAGACAAGGUCAUCAGAUGGCUCAGGCUGCAUCGGGACCGACUCAAUGCAUUCAGUACGGAUAGCGAGGCUGUGAUGUCGAUGUUACAGCCCGAGAAGCAGAUCGACAGAGUGUAUGGCUUGGAUCCAGGGAGUCUCGAAUUGGUCAUUGCACGUGCUUUGAGCCUCCCGAGGCAACACUAUCUUGCCCUUCAGCAAUGGAGAACUGACCCGGUGAGAGGAGAUCUUGGCGCGUGUGUAAAACGCGCCAUGGAAAACAUGGAGAACAUGGCAACCCCAGGUCAAGCAAAUGCCGUGAUGGUCGAAGAAAUUGACCAGUCUUUGCUUCAAAUCGCUGCUUUCGACCAGCGCUCUUCACCGGCCGUGCAGUCAUUAGCCAGCAGUUGGAAGCACCCCGAUGGGAUUGAGUUACUAGUCAAUCUGUACCAGAGGCUGCAGGCUCGAGAAGCCAAAUGGCUGACGCGACUGAUUCUGAAGAGCUAUGCACCGAUUAAGUUUCCUGAAAACCUGGAGCCUGGACCACAACACUCCUUCCUGCCAACUUGUGUUCAGUUAAAGAUACAAUUCCCCAGCUCGGCUCCUCUACCUGUACGACGAGAUGGCACCAGGAUUAUUGUCGGAGUUGGAGCAAAUGAAACUGUCCAUCGUCACCCAGCGCUACCAAGGGCAGCCCCACAGUCCUCUUUUCUGGCCUCUACACCAAUCGCAGCUACAAUUCAAGCAUUGCCUACUCCUGUAGCUUCUUCUCAGCCUGCCUAUUCAACGCCAGCAUCAUCCAUAUCUCUUCCCCCACACACCAUCUCUACCCCGUUUUCCCCAGUACCAGCUCCUCCUGCAACAUCUUCUGCGCUCCAACCUACCUCUCCAACGCCAACAUGGUCCCUUUCUGCGUCUCGGCGGGCUUUGUCUACACCGACCUCCUCAAUGCAGGUUCCAACUCCAACUGUUGGACAUAGCCGUUGCUCUCCAUCAACUUCCGCUCCUUUCUCGCACCUGGCGGCUCGAUCAUCACCCAAUAACCAUCCAACCACUCCCUCCCGGACUAUAUUGGGCCAGGUGUCCCAGAAUAUUCCAACGAUCAGUCCUCAGAAGUCACCAAUGAGAUCCAGUCCAGUUCCUUCAAUCUUCACAAGUAGUAGUGGCACCUGUAAAUGGACACCCAAUACCUGCCCUCUGAGCACCUGCGUAUUUAUUCUUGGACCUUGCAUCUCCAAGAUCCCAUACAUUACCGAAGAACUGCUCAGUUGGCAUGCCUCUCGAUACACAACUUCUGUUCGAGCUCUCGCUCACCGCGCUCUUCAACAACGGUGCUCCCGGACUGGUAAAAGGUUUAGGAAGAUCGCUCUUGUCGAAUCGCACCGCACCCAACCCACGGUCGACUUCUUGAGACGAAUCAGCACUCUGAGACUAACGAGAAAAGGGAAGAAAGAAUGGGUUGGGGUUUAUGAUUGGCGAUUGUUGGAGUGCAUCACCAAAAUGGAGCAAGGGAAGGAGCUGACCUACGAUCCAUGGGUCAGAUGUUGGAUAUGCAACAUCUAGCAAUUUUCUAAUAGCAUUGUUGGGUUUGGCGUUGGGUUUGGCAUUUGGGUUGCAUUGUAGGGCAUUUUUCGGUGUGCAUUUGCGCUCAUUGUUGGACAUCGGCAUUGGGAAUGGGCAUUUGGAAAUGGUGUUGGAUUGCAUUGUAGGUGUUUAAGAUACGCAGCAUACAUAGCGUGUCCAUUUUUUUAGGUUUUUAUCUGCUCCGAUACGAUAUUCUACCGUCUCGCGUUCAUCUUGCCUAGUGAAUGCAAUUCUCGGUUGACCGUUUCCCGGUGGGCCAAAAUUCAGCG